CAGGUUGCCGUAAAGCCCUCCUGCGCUGGUGCAGUCAGGAGUGAACUGUUUCUGAAACUGAUCAGUGAAAUGUGCUUCAUUUCCCACGCUGAAGUGAGGGAUUGGUCUCCUGGCUCCAUUUGUGAUUCAUCGAGCGUAGUCUAACGCCAAAUGUGGACGUGAUGUGCACACAGAGGAGCUGAGAAUGAGCUGAUCCCCAGCAGAAGCAGCUCGGACAUGGCAGCGAUGGAGGGGCUGGAGCUGAGCCCGGAGCAGAGCCCGGAUCAGAGCCCGGACCUGCACAUCUGCGGGUUCUGCCGGCAGCAGUUCCACCAGUACCAGCUGUUCCUGCAGCACAAGCAGGGCCGCUGCUGCGGCCCCAAGGCCCCCGCCCCGCCGGCGGGGCCGCCGGGGCUGCCGGGCCCCCCCGAGGCCCCCCCGGGACCCCCGCCGGCCAACCUCGCGGAGUCCAGUGCCGGGGUGGUGUUGGAGGACCAGGGCUGCGUGGGGGGGGCCACCAUGAGGGGCCCCAAGAGGGGCCUGAGCAAGGCCCAGAGAGCCCCCCCCAGGAGGGCCCGGCCCGCGCCGCCCUCCAAGAGACACUCCUGCUGCUUUUCAGGUUGCACUUUUAAGACGCAGUAUGGCCAGAAACACAUGGAGAGGCAUCUCAAAACUCACACCGGCGAGAAGCCGUUUGAGUGUGAGCUGUGCCACAAGCGCUUCAGCCGCCGGGACAAGCUGAACGUGCACAGCCGCUCCCACACGGGGGAGAGGCCGCACAAGUGCAAGCACUGCCCGUACGCCGCCGCCGACAGCAGCAGCCUGAAGAAGCACCUGCGCAUCCACUACGACGAGCGGCCGUUCAAGUGUCAGAUCUGCCCCUACGCCAGCCGCAACUCCAGCCAGCUCACCGUGCACCUGCGCUCGCACACCGGAGACGCACCGUUCCAGUGCCAGCAGUGCGACGCCAAGUUCAAGAUCAACUCGGACCUGAAGCGGCACGUCCGGAUCCACUCCGGGGAGAAGCCGUACAAGUGCGACUUCUGCGAGUACCGCUGCGCCAUGAAGGGCAACCUGAAGUCCCACGUGCAGAUCAAGCACAGCACGGAGAACUCCCUCCCGUGCGGCCAAUGCGACUUCCGCUGCGCCAGCAAGACGGCGCUGCGGCAGCACCAGCGCCAGCACCAGCCGGCCCAGCCCAUCCAGUGCUCCAGCUGCACCUACUCCUGCUCCAGCAAGGGGGCGCUCAAGGUGCACGAGCGCAUCCACUCGGAGGAACGGCCCUUCAAGUGCGACUUCUGCAGCUUCUCCUCCAAGCAGCUCAGCAACCUGGUCAUCCACAAGAAGAAGAGCCACUCGGACAGGCCGGAGAAGAGCGGCGGGGGCGGGGGCAGGAAGGGCCGGGGCGGGAGGAAGCCCGCGGGGGGCGACCCCCCCAAACCGCUCAGCUCCCGGUACCGGGCCAAGCUGGACGCGGCCCGGGCGUUCUGCUGCGACUCCUGCGACGCCUCGUUCGUGCGGGAGGACUCGCUGCGGAGCCACAGGAAGCAGCACCGGGACACGCAGGGCGUCCUGCAGCUGCAGCUCAGCCCGGGGGAGCCCGGCGUCAGCGUGCUUCCCCUCGCCGUUGCCCCCGGCAACGCCCAGCUGGAGCUUCCCGUUCCCUCGGGCUCCGUGGCUCCGUACGGGAACGCCCAGCUCAAGAUCAUCGUGUCUCACCCGCUGGGCCAGCGCAGCGGGCUGCUCCCUGGGGGGGACGGGGGGAAGAGCAGCGUGCUGCUGCUCAGCGCAGAGAACCAGGACAUGGUGGUGAACUCCGUCCUGCAGCAGGUGAACCUGCUGGCCCCCCCGGCCCCCCUGGAGCCCCACACGGUGCUGCUGACGCAGCUCAGCCCCGGGGACGACGGCACCCCCGGGGGCACCACCUUCAUCACCACCUGCUCCGACCUGGACGGCAUCAGCAGCCUGAUCCAGGGGGGGGGCGCGGAGGUGACGGUGGUGACGGAGGGGGAGCCGGCCCUGGCGGGGGGGCCGGGGGGGGAGCCGGGGGGCCUGCAGGGCCGGGACGGAGCUCUGCUGCUGCCCAACAUCAGCCUGGGCAGCCAGAACCUGCUGAUCCACGGGGUUCCCCUCCUCGUGUCGGCCCAGCCCCCCCCCAGCGCCGGGGAGCAGCUCCCCCCUCACACACUCUACUCACACACACUAGCAGGACUCCCGCCCUGACGGGGCUGGGACUGGACACAUUCAGCUGCAGCUAGAACAUAUUUCUCUAGCAGAAACAACCUGGUGACGUGAAGGAAGACUCAUGGAACAAGGACUACGUUUACAUGCAGUCAAAACUCGGGUUAUUGCUAGUGAUGCACCGAUUGUUCAGUAACCGAAAUUGUUCGGCCGAAAAUGGCAAAAAAACACUUUCGGUGUUCGGUGGAAUAAGUGGGAAAAAAACCGAACAAUUAAUAACGGCGUUGUAAAAUAAGGAAAUAGACUGGCCGCUCCGUAACGUUUGCACCACAAACAUAAAUCGUUGACCAACCAAAAACUAACCCCAUAAGAAUUUUACCAACAUUCACCAGGAGGUGGAACCAAAACAACGUAAUGCUGGAAAUUAAAAAAUUUUCAUUUUUUUAUGUUCAAUAAAUAUUUUCUACUUUGUAAUUUUGUAAAAGAUUUUUUUCUUUGAAAAGCCUAAAUCAAAUGUAUUUGAUUUAUGCAAUGGUGAAAAAAUUGGCAAAAUAAAUGAAAAACUGCUGAAGAACCAUGUUCAGUAUUGUUCGGUAUUCGGCCAAGUGUUUAUUAUUAUUUUCAGUUUCGGCCACAAAUUUUCAUUUCGGUGCAUCACUAGUUAUUGCUAAUAUUCCGGUUACUGAAACAUUCAGAAUAUUCCGUUUACAUGGUAAUUAAUCAUUCAGGAUAUCUGGAUCAAACCAGCGACGCACGGAGAACGUGAUGACACAAUUCCCAUCAUUUCUGCUUCUUCUUCCUGUAUCCAAAUUCAAAACAAAUGCUGCUUAGCGUAACUUUUCUCUCUCCUUCUUGUAAAUCUUCUAUCCCGGUACUUUCUAGCGUCUACAAAUGCAGAAAUGUUCAUAUCCUUCAUUCCAUUUAUGAAGUGAUUAGUCUCCUCCUGGUCUUGGUUUCUCCGUGUUUAUAAGAACUUCCUGGACUCAAAAGACCAGGAUUCCUUGUGAACAGAACAUGAGCAGAAAACAAAUUCCUGUUCCGUUUGAUGGGGAUAUUCCGUUUGGUGUUUACAUGACCCAAUAUUCAGGUUUUAAAAGGAGUAACCCAGGGGUCAUAUUUGGGUUUUAAAAACCGGAAUAUGAGCAAAUUCGGGUUAUUCAAAGGGGUAAUUGGUGUUUACAUGGCCGUGCAAAACCGGGUUAUUGCUAAUAUUCGGGUUUUAAAAGGGUUAUUGAUGCUGGAAACGCAGUCCAUGCUAUUAAUCUUCAUUGUUUCAGCUGUAAGAUUUUGGAAGAAAAACUAAUUUUUUUAGCUGCACAAGCGUUUCAUCCACGGCCUCGUCAUGUUCCUCAGUCAUUUAAAAGCUAAUCCCUGUGAUAUCUCUCAUUCACACUGACUUAUUUGUCAUUUUUGAUCCAUCAAAAUGUAAUAAUGAGAUAAAUCAAACAUGGAAAGUGAGUUUUAACUUGAGCAAAAGCCUCGGAAUAAGGUUUGCAAAUGAACACAAGUUGAAGCUGAAUGUGUGGGUCUCCUGCUUGUUCCUAGUGUUGUCCAGUAGGGGGCAGCAGCGCGCCGUGCGCGUCUACUCCCCCACAUUUGGUCUGUGCAGCUUUUCAAACUUAUAUUUUCAAGUCUUUGCUCUGAAUCUUGGAAGUAAACAUCAAUUUUACAGCCAUUAGGUCAAUUAUCAACGUCUUUCUAAAAGCCGAGUUGCUCUCCAAAUAGAUUUUUCAAUAAAGUGCCUGUUUUGCUU